AAGUGAUUCGGAAUUGUGCGAGCUUCCAGGCUGCGCAUGCGCAAUGCUGCUCAUAGAGACCAUAUGCGCUAAGCGGUGACCACACACAGCGGUGCUAAGUGGGGAAAUUAUUACACAGUAAUAAUGGGAAAGAAGCAGAAAAACAAAGGAGAUGACGGUGCCAAAGACGACGGCGUUGACAUCGAUGCCUUAGCGGCCGAGAUCGAGGGAGCCGGCGCAGCAAAGGAACAGAGCAAAGGCAAGGGCAAGAAGAAGAAAGGGAAGAAAGAUGACUAUGAUGAGGACGACAUCCUGAAAGAACUGGAGGAAUUAUCACUUGAAGCCCACGGUGGAAAAGCAAAAGAAGCAGCAAAGAAAUCAGACUCCAUAGAAGACGCCGAGCCCGAGCCGGCACUGAUAAAGGCAGACAAGAAGAAGGCCAAGAAGGGCAAGCGUGAGGACGAUGAGGGUGAAGAGGCUCAGGGUAAAGACGACCUGGAGAACGAGAGCAGGACGAAAGGCAAAAAGGAUCUGGCGGCUCCCGCUGCUGCUCCUGCUGCUUCAGAGUCUGACAACGAGUCGCUAUCACAACUCAAAACCAAGCCCGUUAAGAAGGGCAGGCGGAAGGGCGCCUCAGACUCUGAGGACGACGAGGAAGACGGACACGGCAAGAAAGGCGGUGGAGUCGACGAAGAGCAGUCAGACGACGAUUUCCUGGCCGCAAGCAAAAAGAAGAAGAAGGGAAAGGCGAAAGCAAAGGCCGACAGCGACAACGACGACGCAGAAGACGACGGUUCCUUCAAGAUGAAGACGGCGGCACAGAAGAAAGCGGAGAAGAAGGAGAGGGAGAGAAAGAAGAAGGAGGAAGAGAGGGCCAAGAUGAAGGCGAAAAAGGAGAAGGAGGAUGAGGCUGUUAAGAAGGAACCAGCUAAGACUACAGAAAAAGCUGCUGCUGCUCCAUCCACAGAAACAAAGAAGACUGAGCUAGAGGAGUUAGACGGAGCUGAAGACCAGGGCGAAGAUGAGGGUGAGGGUGAGAAGAAGAAGAAAGACAAGAAGAAGAAGAAAGGUGAGAAGGAAGAAAAAGAGAAAAAGAAAGGGCCAAGCAAAGCUGCAGUGAAGGCCAUGCAGGAGGCCCUUGCUCGGAUGAAGGAGGAGGAGGAACGAGCCAAGAAGGAGGAAGAGGAGAGGGAGAGACGCCUGGCCGAGCUGGAGGCCCAGAGACUGGAGCAGGAACGACUGGAAGCAGAGAGGAAGGAGAAGAAGAAGCAGAAGGACAAAGAAAGGAAAGAGAGGCUGAAGAAAGAGGGCAAGCUUCUAACCAAGUCGCAGAAAGAGGCUCGAGCCAGAGCCGAGGCCACGCUCCGUGCGCUGCAGGCCCAAGGUGUUGAAGUGCCAUCCAAAGACUCCAUGCCAAAGAAGAAGCCUGUUUACUCCGACAAAAGAAAAAAGAAGCCAACAGUACACACUCCUGAAGAGACCUCAGAAGUGGUUUCACCCACGUCGGAGGUGGCUCAACCGAUCGCCACUGCAAUGGACGUGACCGCUUCCAAAGAGGCGGCAGAGGCUAAGGUUGAUGCUGCGGACCUAGAUGACUGGGAGGCCAUGGCCAGUGAUGAAGAAAGAGAGUUGAAGAAGGUGCACAUCGAGGUGAAGGAGACAGCAGCUAGUCAGUCAGCCCGCAAACCCUCCGCCUCUGCCGAACAGGAGAACGGUAGCGAAGACGAGGAUGACGACGACGACGAUGAUGACGACGAAGAUGAGGACGGUGAUGAUGAGAGCGAGGAAGAGGUAGAUGAUGAAGAGAAGGACAGCCAGGCAGCACAGGAGAAAAGUGUGAAAGAAGAGAGCUCGGAUUCGAGCAGCGAGAGCGAUUCAGACGACGAGCGCACCAAAGAGGAGAGAAUGUACAACAAGGCCAAGAGACGCAUCGAGAAACGGAAACAGGAGAAUCUGAAGAACAUUAACUUGGAGAAAUUGAGGUCUCCUGUGGUUUGUGUCUUGGGCCAUGUGGAUACAGGAAAAACAAAAAUUCUAGACAAGCUGCGACACACACACGUACAGGAUGGCGAGGCAGGUGGAAUCACCCAACAGAUCGGUGCCACCAACGUUCCCUUGGAGACCAUCAUCGAGCAAACCAAGAUGGUGAAAAACUUUGACAGGGAGAAUAUAAAGAUUCCAGGAAUGCUGAUUAUCGACACACCAGGACACGAAUCUUUCAGUAAUCUGAGAAACAGAGGCAGUUCCCUCUGUGACAUCGCGAUCCUGGUGGUGGACAUAAUGCACGGUCUGGAACCACAAACCCUCGAGUCCAUCAACCUGCUGAAGGAAAAGAAGUGUCCUUUUAUUGUGGCUCUUAACAAGAUCGACCGUCUCUAUGACUGGAAGAAGAGCCCGGACACAGACGUGGUGGCAACGCUGAAGAAGCAGAAGAAGAACACAAAGGACGAGUUCGACGAGCGAGCCAAAGCCGUCAUGCUGGAGUUCGCCCAGCAGGGUUUGAAUGCAGCUCUGUUCUAUGAGAAUAAGGACCCACGUACAUUUGUGUCACUGGUGCCCACCUCUGCACAUUCAGGCGACGGCAUGGGCAACCUGAUCGCCCUACUGGUCGAGCUCACCCAGACCAUGCUGGCACGCAGACUGGCUCACUGCGACGAGCUCAGAGCACAGGUCAUGGAGGUAAAAGCUCUGCCCGGUAUGGGCACGACAAUAGACGUGAUCCUGAUCAACGGAUGCUUGCGUGAGGGUGAUACCAUCAUCGUGCCUGGUGUGGAGGGGCCGAUCAUCACUCAGAUCAGAGGACUGCUGUUACCACCUCCUCUCAAAGAGCUCCGGGUUAAGAAUCAGUAUGAGAAGCACAAGGAGGUAAACACGUCUCAGGGAGUGAAGAUCCUGGGGAAAGAUCUGGAGAAGACUCUGGCAGGUUUGCCCCUGCUCGUAGCUCAUAAAGAUGACGAGAUCCCUGUAUUGAGGGACGACCUGGUCAGGGAGCUGAAGCAGACGCUGAAUGCGAUCAAGCUGGAAGAGAAGGGUGUCUAUGUGCAGGCAUCAACGUUGGGCUCGCUCGAAGCUCUUCUGGAAUUUUUGCGCACAUCCAAAGUUCCUUAUGCUGGCAUUAAUAUCGGUCCUGUUCACAAGAAAGAUGUAAUGAAGGCAUCUACGAUGCUGGAACAUGACCCACAGUACGCGGUGAUCCUGGCAUUUGACGUGAAGAUUGAAAGAGACUCUCAGGAGAUGGCCGACAGUCUCGGUGUGAGGAUUUUUAGCGCCGAGAUCAUUUACCAUCUGUUUGACGCUUUCACCAAAUACAGAGAAGACUACAAGAAACAGAAGCAGGAGGAAUACAAGCAUGUAGCAGUGUUCCCUUGUAAGCUGCGCAUCCUGCCUCAGUUUAUCUUUAACUCCAGAGACCCUAUAGUCAUGGGGGUGACUGUGGAGGCAGGUGUACUGAAGACGGGCACACCGUUGUGUGUACCUACCAAAGCGUUUGUGGAUAUCGGCAUUGUGACCAGUAUCGAGAUGAACCACAAACCAGUGGACACGGCGAAAAAAGGGCAGGAGAUCUGCGUCAAGAUCGAGCCGAUUCCCGGAGAGUCGCCCAAGAUGUACGGCCGACAUUUUGAGGCCGUAGAUAUGAUCGUUAGCAAGAUUACCCGUCAGUCCAUCGAUGCUCUGAAGAACUGGUUCCGAGACGAGAUGCAAAAGACGGACUGGCAGCUAAUCAUGGAACUGAAGAAAACUUUUGAAAUUAUCUGAGCACACACAAUGACUUUCAAACUGACCUUCAUGCUGAGACUACACAUACACACACACAUACACACACACACACACAUAUACACACACACACACAGUUGUGCACAUUGCCGAGUCCAUCUGACUUUCUCGGUCUAAGUGUUGCUGUUGUUUUACACCUACGUGCACGCACACACACCCAGAGGAAGUGUUUGUGCGUGUGCAGGGUCGAGACAUGUUCCUCCAUGUUUUCUCUCCAUCUCCUCCCAUAUGAGCGAUGGAGAUGACAGAAAAAGAAAAAAGAGAGAGAGAGAGCAAAAGUUUUUCUGUGAGAAACUGAAACUAUUUCCACUGUUUUUAACAGUGAACGUUAGAGAAACAUUUACACACUAUUCCAAAUGUGCCUGUUAUUUCUGAUUGACCCAUUUAGUUUCCUUAGAAAAUGGAGCUGCUUAUAUUGAUUUAAUGGAAUAGAUUCUCCCCAAAAUGCUAACAUGGAUAAUUACCUGAGAAAGUGAAUCCAGAAGCCAUUAGCGUAGAUAUUAGCGAGCGCUAAUCCUGAUGGCGUUUACGAAUUAACCGCAGUGUUAAAAUGUUUGGGUUAUGGUGCAGUGGCAGUUUUGCAGGCUCAGUUUCAGCCGGUCUUUUGUGUGAACCUUCGUGUCCGUGGUGAUGACGCUCCAUCAAAUCACAGAGUGCGUUCAUUACACCAUGUAGUGUUCGAGAGGGAAUUGAAAGGCAAAUGGGCAAUUGAUAGAGGUGAAUUUGUAAACAUUAAACAAGGAUUUUAGACAUAAAUAAUAAUGCCUGGUCAGUUUUUUUUUUUAUUAUUAUUAUAUUAUUUUAUUAUACAUUUUCCCCUUAUCUCCCUGGUAUGCAAGUCUUAUGUCCCUUUGUGAAUUAAGCCCACGCUGUAUGAUAUUUGUUUCAAGGCAUUUGCUUGAUUCUGCCCAGUGCCUGUCUUUACUGACAUUGUGUUCAAUUGCUAAGAAAAUCCCCAAUUAAAUACAGGUGAUUGGAGAUUUUAUUACCAAUAAAAAGAUGGCAUAUUUCUAAGUUGUAUUUGAACCAUGAUCCAGUUUUUGUGAUUUCUAGUUUCUAAUUGUUUCUGUCUUUAGCUGCUGAAGGAGAAAACUUUCUGAGCAUGGAGAGCAUGGGGUUGUAAACUUAACACUGAAGCAGUAUUUACUGUAUGCUACACACUACUCCACUCCCCUGCUGUGUAGUAUGCAGUAUGAGAUGUAUAGGAAUCCUCCAUCCCGUUUAUACUGACAUAUAACAGCAUUGUGUGAUGUAGAAAAAGUUUGAACUAAAACCAGUUGUUGAAAAUUGAACCAAAUCUUUUGUAAAAGUUCACAGAUCUAUAUAUUACCUGACAAUAUGACUACCCAGCUACCAAUGAUUGGUUCCUGAAGCAUUCAGAUCUCUUUAGUUCCAUUUCAUUUUUUUUUUGUUUUACUUAAUGUUCGUGUUGUGAAUGGUUCAGAGAACAUUCCCUUAGCGUUCUUAUGGUAACCUUUAACGGAUUUGAGAACCAUUCUGGAACCCUUUGAAAUAUUUGUAUGCCAUUUCAAACACAACCCUGGGAGUUUUCAGGAAGGUUCCUGAAACGUCAGGGGAAUGUUCUCUGAACCAUCCGUAUGUAAACCUGUCUUUAUGCUGCUGCAAACCUGACCAGUUGUCAUAAGGUACUUGUUAUAUUUGUAUCUAAUAAAACGAGACGGACACAAAAAA